CUCGGCACGGGGGCCAUCCUGCAUGCCUAAUCGGCUAUUUAAGGAGCUGCACGCCAGCAAUCCAGGCACCUUCCCCUCCCCACUUACAUUCGGCCAGAGCCACCUUAAAAGCAGGAGGCAAUUGCGAAGUCGCUGGCCAGCAAGUGGAGUGGAGACUGCAGAGGGAGAUAAAGAGAGAGGCGGCAAGAGAUUUAUCCUGGGACCCAGAAAUCCUUGUCCCUUAGUCCCCAAAGUCCUGGAGCCCUGGUUCACCGCGCCCUAUCCUCUUGGAUAUACCAUGUUGUUCUUCACCCUCCUGUUAGAGGUGAUUUGGACCCUGGCUGCAGAUGGGGGUCACCACUGGGCAUAUGAAGGCCCACAUGGUCAGGACCACUGGCCAGUCUCUUACCCGGAGUGUGGAAGCAACGCCCAGUCCCCCAUUGACAUCCAGACAGACAGUGUGACAUUUGACCCCACAUUACCUGCUCUGCAACCCUAUGGAUAUGACCAGCUUGGCACUGAGCCUUUGGACCUGCACAAUAAUGGCCACACAGGUAAAAGCCCUGGCACCAAGGAGGUGGAGGGUCCAUUUGAAAUCUUAGAGGAGUCACAGAAAACCUUCUCACAACUCGUGAAUUCUCACAAAGUUCUACCCAUUGGAGAUAGAAGAAUGGUGAUCAAGUUCCCAUAG